AUGGGAGCCCAAGACCCGACGCUCGCAGCACCCGAGGCUGAGACUAUCGAGUCUGUUGAGAUGGGUCGAGCAGCCCAUCGCGCUGGUGCCGGCCACACUGGAACAGUUCAACUUCUGGACGACACCAACGGGUCCGUUGUUUUGAUCCCGACCCCGAGCCCGGAUCCCAAGGAUCCGCUCAACCUUCCAUCAUGGCGGAAGUUUAUGAUCAUCCUCAUUAUCGGCAUUUACUCCGCCUUCGCCGUCGCAACUACGUCUGGACUUGGCGCCGUUUACCCGACAGUCAUGGCUACAUAUCCAGGCCAAGAGACGCAAGCCACUGAUCUUUUGACGUAUCCCACAUUGUUCAUGGGUAUAGGCAACCUGUUCUCCAUGCCUCUCUGCGUCGCAGUUGGGAGACGACCCGUGUUCCUCGCCUCGAUGAUUCUCCUCGUUGUGUCGGGGAUCUGGUGUGCCUGCUCCACGUCGCUCUCUAGUCACAUCGCCGGCCGCGACGUUUUCAGCAUGGCCGCCGGGCAAUCUGAGGCCCUUGCCCCCAUGAUAGUCCAGGAGAUCCAUUUCCUUCACGAGCGAGGCAGCAAAGUGGCAUGGUUCGUCGGAGUCCAGACUGUCGGCACUGCUGCCUUCUUCGUCGCGACUGUAUAUAUUGUGCCUUCCCUUGGACUGGGCUGGUGGUACGGAAUUAUCACCAUCGUGAAUGGAAUCGUCUUGAUCCUGGCUUUCUUUUUUGUGGUUGAGACCAAGUUUGAUCGACCGCAAGAUGCUACUGAGGGGCGAGUUCAUCUUCAUCUCGACGAAAACGGUAACCCGAGUAACAAAGGCGAGGAACUGAUUUUCCGCGUUACCACCCGCCAGAAUCAUGUAUUGCAGCCCGAGAAAUUCGGGCCCAGGACGUGGCGCGACGACUGGAAGAUCUUCCACUGCAAGCCAGACUGGUGGGCUUGUGCCUCUUUCUACAAGGAUGCAGCCCUCGGGCUUACCCUGCCGACGAUGCUCUGGAUGGUAUUACUGAACGGUGCCUUCCUUGGUGUUUACGUCUACCAGGCAUCGACCUUCGCCCAAAUUCUGAUGUCGCCUCCCUUCCUCUUCAAGUCGGAUUGGCUGGGGUUUGUUCAACUCGUACAAAUCCUGGACUGCGUGAUAAUGGUACCGCUGCUGGGCUACGGCUCUGACAAGGUUGUCAAGCUUAUGAGCAGAUGGCACAAGGGCGUCUAUGAGCCAGAGUACCGACUCAUCGUCCUCGCUAUCCCCGCGGUUGCCGUCGUGAUCUCAUGCGUUCUCUAUGGACAGGGCGCACAGUUUCCCAACCUGUGGAACUGGAUGACUAUCGUUGCACCGUAUCACAUGGGGUAUUUUGCUUUCUUGGGCGCCAACCUGGUUGGCAUUACGUACGCUGUGGAUAGCUUCCCGGACAGGGCUGGGCCGCUGCUCUUGCUAAUAUGUGCAGGGCGAGGUUUCAUCUCGUUUGGUCUGAGCUAUUCCACCGUCCCCCUCAUCAGUCUGACUGGAUACAAUGGUGCUAUGAAUGUCUUUGCCGUCAUCUGUGGAAUUCUGUGCAUUCUAGGGGUUCCAGCAUACUUCUUUGGAGGAGCCGUCAGGAGAUGGGCUACGAGACGGUUCUGGAAGCCUGUAGAGGACGGAAUAUAA